CCGAUGCAAUCUAUGAAGGUAAUUAUGGAAACUAUACAUUUACUUUUGAAACCGGAGAUGAGGGAUUAGGCAUGUUACAAAAAUGUCUUGUUUGAUUUAAAAAACAGUCCUGGGAAUCUGGGAUGCCACAACAUAGGUUUUGAUACUGUAAACAUAAGCUUUAUAUCAAAACCAGGUGAAUGUAGAAAAUUGUAUGAUAGCUUUAAAGAUAAGUUGAGUCUUCCUAAUGUAGAAAAUUGUAUGAUAUCAAAAUGUGGUUGCAGCCAGAAACACCAAACUCGCCAUCCGUAGCUGUAGAAAGACGUUUAAGCCCUUGAACUCAAGCAUGUAUCCCCACAACAGCAAAUGUGUCUGAGCUCCAAUCCACAAGAUGAUGCGUAACAAGGCUUCCCAUUCCAGCUUCAUACGGCUCCAUGGUAGAAACAAAUGUAACAGGCAAUAGAACCAGACAAAGUACUGCGCUGCUGUUAUCACCUAGAACCAAAUGAAAUAUACGUAUGCUAAAUUCUUACAAAUUUCCAUUUUAUAUACUAUACAAAUAUAUUAAAUAAAAAAGUUAAACUACUUUUAAAACGGGUGUUCAUAAAUUAUAUACAAAACUGAAUAUAUAUAAAUCAUGUAUAAUAUUAUAAUCUAUACUAUUAAAAGGGAAGGAGUCCAAAAAAAUCUACUUAUGAAAGGUUAUUGGACCUAUUCACCAAACUUAACUAUUUUUUUGGUCUCACCUUAUAUUUCUCUAACUGUACACUAAUCAAUUACCUUAUAUUUCUCUAACUAUAAAAUAACCAAUGCUCUUAUUUAAUACUCAACUUACUAUAAUACACCAAAGAUUUAUACAUCAAUAUUAUUAAUUCAAAAUCAUUGAUAUAUUUUACCCCUUUUUCUCCUUGAAAUAUUACUUUUGUGCCACUAAACCUAUUAAAAAACAUAUUAUUUUAUAAUUGAUUUAAAAUCAUACAACCUACGAUCAUUUUUCUUUAACAAAAGCAGUUACUAUAAAAACAUUUGAAUUUAUUGGUAAUUAAAAUCUGAACAAUACCAUACAUUUAAUUCAUAUUAAAUAUUUUAUGAUCCAAAUUAACAUAAAAACAUGAUGCAAGUACGGUUAACAGAAAGUUAAAAACAUGAUACCAUUCGACGGUCAAAACAUAUUAACUUCCAAUUACGAUUAGAGAAAUACUUCACAGUACAACAACAAGCUUAAUUAUAUUUCAAAAUUAUAGCUUUUUCUUUGAAAACUUUCCUAGGUUAUUUUUGUGAUGAAAAUCCUUUACAACUGGGUUUAUUAGGAGAAAUGUUUUGUAUAAAUAUUUUCUCAGAAAAUUAUAGCAUUUUUAGAAUAUUUUUUAUGUUUAAAUAAAAUAUAUUAUUUAUUUUUAACAUUUAUAGGUAACUCAACUAUACUCAACUUAAUAAUAAUUUUAUUUCUAAAACUCAAAAAUUUAAUCUUAAUAUAGUCAUUAUAAAACCUAUAAACUAGAAUGUAUAACAUAAAAAAAUAUAGUUUAUUCAAUUUUAUAUCUUAGUAAAAUUUAUAUGAGAAAUUUAAUCAAAAAUUAAAAAAUAUUAUCAUGUUAUUUUAGAUUUUUACCAUGUCAUCUGGUAUAGAUUCACGAGUUAAUAUGAGUUUUAGAUUUUAAAGGAUUUUAAAUAAUAGAUUUUUAUUAAAUUAAAACUAGAUUAUAUAUGGUGACUGCGUUUACUGGUUUGACUGUGGAUACCACUUAUUAGUGUUUUGGUUCCUUUUAGUGGAAACUUAGACUAAAUGUUGAGGACUUAUUAAGAUAUUUUUUUUAAUAUUUGAAAUUUUUUUUUGAGUAAUUUGUUUUUAUUGGAUAAUUCAGCUUAUAAAUAGUAUAUUUAAGAUAUUUGGUUAUUUAGAAAUUACAUAUAAUUAAUAUUUGUAGGUAUAUAAUUUGUAUUUUAAAAAUUCAGGUAUCUAUUUAUCUUGGUUCUAGAUAUAUAUGAUAUAUUCGGUUAUUUAUAAAUUUUGGUUCAAGUUUGGUUUCAUUUUUUCAAUUUGGUACGAGUUGAUUAUUCGGUUCUGAAUAAUAUGGCCAAACAAUAUAAACUAUCUUAUAUAAAAAUUUAUAAUAAAAAUUAUUAAAUUCAAAAAAUAAAUCCGCGCUUUCUAAGCGCGGGUCAAAAUCUAGUUUUCAUUAAAUAAAAGUUUGUCAACAAAAUUACUAAUAUGUCUUCCGACUAAAAAGUGAGCUAAUUAAAUAAUAUCAAAAUUCAACAAAUAACUAUUUAUUAUAAAUCAAUAAUACCAUGUAUAUUUUUCGAAAGCAGAAAAAAUCUUGUCAAGUAACUUAAUUUUCGACAAAAAAAAAAUUCAGAAUUAGCACUUAGAAGUAAAUCAAUAAAUAUUUUAAAAGAAAAUACUUUAUCAUCCCGAGAGUUAUUAUUAUUAUUUUGCUAAAAGAUAUUAUCCCUAAUAUUUUGCCCAAUCAUAGUAGGAAAAGGUUAUCAAAACCUAAUGUAAAACUUAUACGGUGAAAAGUGAAAACUUGUCCUAUUUAUAAAACUAAAAGAUCCAAAGAUAAUUUCCUAAAGAUUGGUUGCUAUCUCUAGGGAUUAACAAUGUGGUGUGUGCAUAUUCAACACGCAUUGCUCUUUCUGACUAUCUUGCUUCUUUUGGUGGAGGCUUCAUUGGGUCGAUAUAUCCCAUUUAAGAUUCCAGACGGAUAUGUGAGGAUAAGGUGGGACAUCAUGAAUGAAACUCGUGGUAGCUACUCAGCUAAUGUCACAAUCACCGACUACUUGACGAAUCACGACAUUGAAGGGCCAUGGGCACUAAGAUGGAAAUGGAACGAAGACGAAAUUCUGUUGAGCACUGUGGGUGUUAUUGGUACACAACUUGGGAAGGAAUCAUCAGUAGGUGACAAUAAGUGGCCUUUGAAUAGUAAUUUGCCACCACGCAGGGAGAAAGUAGUACCAAAGUGUUGCGAGGACGAUGUGAUUGUCCCGUGGUAUGGAGAAGCUAACCUUGAGAAAAGCUCUUCUUCAUUCCAAAUUACUGUUGGCCGAGUUGGUAUAGAAUAUUAUCCGCCAAAAUUUGUGUUCACGACACCAAGAUCAAAACUCAUGUGUUUUCCAAUGAUGCGAUUUACUAAUACACGGGGUUACUUGAAGACGUGGACAGCGAUGUGCGGUCUCUUCUUAGAGUUCCUCAAGACUGAUAACGAAGAUCUAUGAAGUUGUGGGGGCUGUUUGCAUCUUUUUAAUGUUUUCGUGCCUUUUUUUUUGCUAACAAUGAUUUCGUGCUUUAAUACUAUUUUUAUGUGUUCAUGAGAUUUCAUGUGAUGCGACUAUGAUAAUAAUUUGAUAU